AGUCGACCGCGUGUACUGGAGCUGCUGCUCUGCUUUGUCUCUUCUGCUGGAAUUUCUGGAUGUCGGAACAAGAGAGGACUGCUGUUAACUGGGUCACACACACACACUCUCUCGCACACGCGCGCACACACAAAGACACACACACACACACAGUCUGUUGGACCUGAGCUGCUGAUCUGUGAAGUGUGACUGAUAGAGAGCAUGUCCAAAAUGGUGUUCUGCUGUGAGGAGAAGCUUGAGAGACUAACACAGGAGCAGAUCAUCUCCAAAGCCAAGAUGGUGAUGCAGGGCCUAGAGGCACUGAAGAGCGACCACAACGUCAUGCUGCACAGUCUAAUGGAGACCAUCAAGUGCUUGAACAAAGACGAGGAGACUGGCCUGGUGUAUGAGAAAUCCUCACUUCUGCACAAGUCCGUGGAGAUGAUCGAGCUAGGCCUGGAAGAGGCACAGGUGAUGACUGCUCUGGCAGCCCACCUGAAUGCAGUGGAAUCAGAGAAACAGAAGCUGCGAGCUCAGGUGCGUCGGGUUGGCCAAGAGAACAAGUGGCUGUGGGAUGAACUCAGCACUGUUCAGCAGAAACUGCAGAAAUGUGAGCAGAGCUUAGUCCAGGUAGAAGAGGAGAAGAAGCACCUGGAGUUCCUGAACCAGCUUAAGAAGUACAAUCAGGAACCCUUACCAGAGCAGGAUGAGGAAAAAGAGGAGACAUCAAAAGACAAUCUGGAUGAGUUGUUCCCCAAUGAUGAAGAGUCAAAUCAAUCAGGAACAACACAGCAAAUGAGUAAAGCGGCAACAGCAGCAGCCCAGCAGGGGGGCUAUGAGGUUCCUGACCGCCUCAGAACCCUCCAUAAUCUGGUGAUACAGUACGCCAACCAAGGGCGCUAUGAAGUGGCAGUGCCACUGUGUAAACAGGCUCUGGAUGACCUGGAGAGGACACUGGGCCAUGAUCACCCUGAUGUAGCUACCAUGCUCAACAUCCUCGCUCUUGUAUACAGGGACCAGAGUAAUUUUAAAGAAGCUUCACGUCUCCUGUAUGAUGCUGUGUGUAUCAGGGAGAGAACUCUGGGUGAGGAGCAUCCUUCGGUGGCUGCGACACUAAAUAAUCUUGCAGUGCUGCAUGGGAAGAUGAGGAAGUACGCGGAGGCAGAGCCACUAUGUAAAAGAGCUUUAGAGCUGAGGGAGAAGGUCCUGGGCAGAGAUCAUGCAGAUGUGGCCAAGCAGUUAAAUAACUUGGCACUGGUUUGUCAAAACCAAGGCAAAUAUGAUGAGGUGGAGUAUUACUACUGCAGAGCCCUCGACAUUUACGAGAAGAACCUGGGUCAGGAUGACCCCAAUAUUGCCAAAACAAAGAACAAUCUGGCCUCAUGCUAUCUGAAACAGGGUAAAUAUAAGGAGGCUGAGAUUCUGUACAAAGAGAUUCUCACACAGGCUCACAAGAAGGAGUUUGGGAUAGUAGAUGCUCAAACCAAACCCAUCUGGAUGUAUGCUGAGGGGGGCGUUGCGGUAAACAACAUUCAUUAUGUUGAAUAUAGAGGCUGUCAGGUGACAAGCCCCAUAAUAAACAGCGCCAUGCGGAGUCUUGGAGCUCUGUAUCGACAUCUAGGCAAAAAUGAAGCGGCGGAAAUUAUGGAGGAGUACGCCAUGAGAACAUGCAAACAGGGAGCCACAGUGGAGCCUCUAAAGGAUGCAGGCCGUAGAAGAAGCUCUUCUCAAUACAGUGUUAAAUAUGAAGCUGGAGAUGAUGGCAACAUUGAGUUGAGUGGGGAUGGCGUUUUGAAAAGAGCUGGUUCUUUAGGCAAAAUGCGAGAGGUGCUGCGCAGAAGCAGCGAGAUGUUGGUGAAGAAACUUCAGGAAACCAUACUGCAAGAUUCCCCCAACCCUAACCUAAAAAGAGCCGCCUCACUGAAUUACCUGAACAGGACAGGAGAUGAUUAUGAGGCUUUUCAGGGUGGAAGAGUAAGCAGAAGGUUGAGAGACAGUCGAGCCCUGAGCUCCAGUUCUGUGGGGCUGUAUGACGGCACUGGAAAAUAGAAUACACACACACACACACACACGUGCACUCACACUUAAACACGUACAAUUAUUUUUUGUUCUUUUUUUUUUACCUUGACGCAAGCAUUUAUAUUUCUAGCUUAUGUACCAUGUAUGUACAAAUAAGUGUAAUGUUUCCAUUUAUUAAUUGUUUUAUUUUCUGAAAAUUUUUAAUCUUAAAUUUUGAAAUCUGGUGCAUGAGUUUUUAAAACCACUGAUCAUUGUUAUUAAUAAUUUGGGAAUGCACCUACGCAGUCUUUAGAUAUAAAAUGUGCAAUAUGAUUUUUUUAAAUAAAAAUUGAUGAUUGUUAUUUUUUAAUAACAUGCACCAUUUGUAUGUUUAUACCACUUUAGAAAAUCUAACUCUGCCAAAAAAAUAAGGUGGUGAUGACUAAGCACGGGUCAUUUACCUUUUGCUUUGUUGUGUUUUAUUUUAUAGCCAUGCCCAAUUUAUUGCACUGAUCUCAAACAGAUUUGUAGUAGCAUACAGUAGGUCUAUACUUAUAGACUAGUGUCACAGACAAAAAAGUAAGAAAAUAAUCAACCAAAAAAUAACAUUAUGUUAUAUUAAAGAUGUUAGAUGUGAUUUUUGUUGUUGGGAUCAGCAGGGAAUAUUUUUCCUAAUGCAGUAUGAGUUACUUAGAAUUAAUUCAGUGCCACCUGGGUGGAGAAUUGUAUAAAACUGAAUUCUUGUUAUAGCAAUUAUAGCAAUGAGUCCAGCUGAUAUCUCUAUGGAUUUGCUUUCAAAUAGGGCAAAACAUUUUAGUUUUAUCUAAGUUUUAUUUUUAGACCAUGUGUGAAAUGCAUUAUUUUGUCUGAAAAGGAGAACAGAUAUCCUGUGGAAUUAAUUUUAUACUUAACAAUCUUGGAGAAAAUAUAUGAUGUACAAACAGAGGAAAUAAGUAAAUGUUAUCUGAUUUCCUGGUAAAUACCAUUUUCUAGUAUUUACUUCCACUGUUCCUUUCACUAUUUUUGGACUUUAAAAGCAGCCCUAAAAUUGAUUGAAAUCUCACUCACUCAUUACCACUUUAUCCUGUAUUCAGGGUCGUGGGGACCUGGAGCCUAUCCCAGGAGGCUUAGGGCACGAGGCGGAGUACACCCUGGGCAGGGUGCCAAUCCAUCUCAGCGCACACACACAUAUACACUCACACACUACAGGCAAUUUGGGAACACCAAUUAGCCUAAUCUGCAGGUCUUUGGACUGUGGAAGGAAACCAACCAAGCGCAGGGAGAACAUGCAAACUCCAUGCACACAGAGACAAGAAUCGAACCCGGACCCUGGAGGUGCAUGGCGACAGUGCCUACCACUACACCACCUACACGCCUUAUUGAAAUCUAUUGUUUAUAUAUAUAUGUAAACACCCACUACAAUCUAUAGCAUAUUUAAUUAAGAUUUAAUAUUAAACCUCAAAAUCUCAAAAACUUUUUUGCUAGUUCAGCUGAAUAUGUGUCCACUGCUGUCAUAUUAAUGAAGAAAUACAUUAUACACUAGUAUAUUAAUUACCUGGCUGAUCAUCUGUCAUUAUCUGUACCUGUUUUUCACUGGUUCAUAUCUUAAGUUAGAUGUUUAUUUUAUGAAUGGGAAGUCACAGGGAGCACUCGAUAUGAUAUUAUCAUGAUACCCAGGAGCUAAUUUGAUUUGUACUGCAAUUCUGUCGGGGUUUGUUUUGUUUUGUUUUUUUACAAUUUUAAACAAACUUAAAACAUCUUUUGCUUCUACCACACUGUGCUGUCUGCUAAUGUAUGAGUAGUUUGGAGUGCACCUGUAGGAUUAUAGAGGAACUGCAAAAUGUUACCACUUCAAAUGCAAACAUAUAUAUA